CACCCACAGGGCUGUUUUCCGCUGCCGCCAGGCUGAGGAAGCAGUCGACAGGGCAGCCGGCAGGAUGGCGCGGCAGGGUAGUCGUGGGGGCGGCGAGAGCAAGAAAAUGAGCUCGGAGCUCUUCACGCUGACUUACGGGGCGCUGGUCACUCAGCUCUGUAAAGACUACGAGAACGACGAAGAUGUGAACAAGCAGCUUGAUAAAAUGGGCUACAACAUAGGUGUUCGACUUAUAGAAGACUUCCUGGCUCGAUCCAACGUGGGGAGGUGCCACGACUUCCGAGAAACUGCAGAUGUCAUUGCAAAGGUGGCCUUUAAAAUGUACUUGGGCAUUACCCCGAGCAUCACAAACUGGAGCCCGGCAGGUGACGAGUUCUCCCUCAUCCUUGAAAACAAUCCCCUGGUGGACUUUGUGGAGCUGCCCGAUAACCACUCGUCUCUUAUUUAUUCUAACCUCUUGUGUGGGGUCCUGCGGGGAGCCCUGGAAAUGGUUCAGAUGGCCGUGGAUGUCAAAUUUGUGCAAGACACAUUGAAAGGAGAUGGAGUCACAGAAAUCAGGAUGAAAUUUAUCAAGCGGAUUGAAGACAAUCUCCCUGCGGGAGAGGAGUGAGUCCAAGGGCAGCCUCCCUGUUAAACUGGACAGUAUGAACCGUCCACCUGGGAUUUGUAGGCACAUCA